AAAUUAAAUUAUUUACGCUAAAAAUAAUUAUAAUAAACUAAAAAACUUAAAGUUUAAUUAUUUUCCUAUAAUGAAAUAUACAAUUCUUAUUAUAUCAGUUGCAUUGGUAUUGGCGGCCAAUAUCACCGAUUCUAUUCCAGGGUCCAUCAUUUGGUUUGUUUGGUCCAAACAGUCGCUUCCAGUUCCCAAUCCACGGUCGAGAGCCCUGUAGUCGUCAGGAAAUAGCCAAAAGUGUGGGAAAACUGGAGCAGUUUGUGGACCGAUAUCUGGACCGCGCGAUCGCAUGCGAAAGCCGUCGCAAUGCUAGUGACGUACAGGCGCUCAAAGACAUCCGUACUAACGAUGUGCCCAACUUUUUUGCCACUAUCCGAAUGAAGCUAAACACAACCGUACCCGCAGUUCCCGUUAUAAUCCCUACGAACACCACUAUUAUAACUGGCGGCGCAAAUAUUAAUGCCACCCUUGCCUAAAUUACGUUUAACUAUUUUGUAAGAUUUUACAUGGUGUUGC